UAAAAUAGUAGUUACGCCCUUCUGUGAUCUACGAUAUUGUGGACACUAGCGAAUAUGUAAGAUAAGUUGCUUACUCUCGCCUAUUAUUAAUGCUACACGAACAUAUCUUACGUUCCUUAGGGUAGUGAAUUUCCCAAUUGUCAUAAGGGGUGGACCGUAGUGUGGCUUUUUAGUAAUGCAUGCAAGUCGACGAAGUUCGUGAGACUGAAGCCUGUCAGACCUGAUCAGCCUUUGCCCUCAGACCAUCAUGGUUAUUAAAGACUUUACUCAGGGUUGCAGCCCUGAACUGGGAGUGCCGGACAUGACGGCAAUUAGUGACAUCGAUGAAAAGGGUAUAAAUCGUAAUCUUCAAAUACGAUACAGCAAAGAUGAAAUUUAUACGUACACAGGAUCGAUAUUAAUAGCUGUCAAUCCGUAUAAGGAAGUCGACUUCUACUCUUUGCAACAUGUACACCGUUAUCACGGUCAGAAAAUCGGUGUUCUGGAGCCACAUGUAUUCGCUUUAGCAGAGGCUGCUUAUUGUUCUCUCAAAAAUACCGACACUAACCAAUCCUGCGUUAUAUCAGGAGAGAGUGGAGCUGGUAAAACUGAGACUACAAAAUUUAUCCUCCAAUACUUAUGCUCAGUAACAAGCAAUGUAGAUACUUGGGUAGAGCAGCAGAUCCUUGAAGCAAAUACCAUUCUUGAAGCAUUUGGUAAUGCAAAGACAGUACGAAAUGACAAUAGCUCACGCUUUGGCAAGUUUAUGCAGGUUUGCUUUGAUAGCAAGUGGAUGAUAAAAGGUUGCAUAAUCCAAGACUAUUUACUUGAGCAGAGUCGUAUCACAUUCCAGAGCUCUGGGGAACGUAAUUAUCAUGUAUUAUAUCAGUUGGUUGAAGCAGCAACUCGCGAUAAAGAGUUUGCUGAACAGUAUAAACUCAAACCAGCGAAUUAUUACAAAUACCUAACACAAUCGAGUGAACGCCUUGACGGCCUUGCCGACUCCAAGAGAUUCGACGCGCUCAGGCUUGCUUUUAAUGUACUCCAGGUACCAGUGGAGAUGUGCGAGGGUAUAUUUCGUGUAUUAUCGGCAAUCCUUUGGUUAGGUAAUCUCAGUUUCCAGGACAUUGACGGGGAGCGCUGUGAAUUGACUCUAGAGGAUUGUGAAAUUCUCAAAACUGUUGCACCUCUUAUUGGCUUAGAGCUUAAAGACCUUACAAGAAUUGUGUUGCAACGAGAGAUUAAUGUACGCGGUAACAUAACAGAAAUACCGCUUAAAGUGCAAGAGGCUAAAGAGAAUAGACAUGCAAUGUCUAAAGCUCUUUAUUCAAGGACUUUCGCCUGGCUCAUUAAUCAUAUUAAUAAUUGUACCAAUCCGGGACAAGACAUAUCGAGGUUUUUGGGAGUGUUGGAUAUUUUUGGCUUCGAAAAUUUUGACACGAAUAGUUUUGAACAACUUUGCAUCAAUUAUACCAAUGAAAAGUUGCAUAAAUUCUUCAAUCAUUAUGUUUUUGCUCUCGAGCAAGAAUUAUAUCGACAAGAAGAAAUUCAGUAUUCACACAUAACGUUCACGGAUAACACUGUGUGCCUCGAGCUGAUUGAGAAGCCACCCCUCUGCGUUCUUAAGCUUCUCACGGAGCAAUGCCACAUGCCCAAAGGCUCUGAUCUUGCAUAUCUCACGAAUCUUCAUACAGAAUUUGAAAACCACCCAUGCUAUGUAAAGGGUGACGAUCGUCGCAAGUGGGAAAAGCAGUUUGGCCUUAAGCAUUAUGCGGGCAGCGUUACAUACACAAUUGAGGGGUUCGUUGAUAAAAAUCGUGACGUUCAGCAGGAUGUCUUCUUCGAUUGCAUGACGAGAAGUACCAAUGGGUUCGUACAGGAGAUAACGGCGUAUCAAGAUCUUCUGGGAUGUACCGUUGCUCGAGCAUCGGGAAAUAUUACGACUCUCUCACGAGGUACAUCGAAAGGCAAACCGACGCUUUGUGACUCUUUUCGCCAUCAGCUCCAGGCUCUAGUCGAUGUUCUUCAAGGUACGACGCCGUGGUAUGCACGUUGUAUAAAACCUAACAUGAACAAAAAGGCAAAUGACUACAAUGAAAAGUUGGUUCUCGAUCAGUUGAGAUAUUUGGGUAUGCUUGACAUCAUUCGCAUACGUAAAGAGGGCUUCCCUAUUCACAUGACCUUCUCUGAUUUUGUUACGAGAUAUCGUUGUUUAGAGAAAAAUCGAUUUACUCUUCCAAAAGAUGAAAAGGAAGCCACGAGGAGAUUGAUUAGGAAUCAGAAGAUUCCGAUUACGGAAUGGCAAAUCGGAAAAAAUAAAGUUUUCCUCAGAAAAUUUGUUCACGAACCAUUAGAAGAUGAGAGGAAUCAAAUAAUUACUUAUAAUGCUACUAUAAUUCAGAAAAUUUGGAAGGGCUACAUAGUUUGUAAAGAUUACAAAAGAAUGCGAGAAGCGGCUCUGAAGGUACAGCAUGCUUAUCGCGGUUGGAAACUGCGUAUAAUGUUUAUCAGAAAGCGACGUGCAGCUAUUGUUAUUCAGUCACAUCUUCGAGGAGUUUUUGCACGUGAAGUCGCGACAGCAUUACGUGAAAUGAGACACGUUGAUGAGGAAAUGAGGAAACGCGAGAGGCUAGAAGAAAAGAGACGACUAAUGGAGGAUAAAAUUAUUCUUGAGGAAAAUCAAAGCACUCAAUACAGCAGUAUUGUGGAAAUGAAACCUGGGAAAGCGCAAGAAGAAAUUGCAGCUCUUACACAAAUGGCAGAGCAGUUUAACUCUAAGAUGGCCAAAAACAAUAACAAUAAUAAUAGUAGUACAACAACUGAAAUUCAAUCAGUUGACUUAGAUAAUCUCUUUUCUUUUCUGUCCGAUGUACAGUCAACAAAAUUUAAUCCGAUAAUUGAAGAGAUCGGUGAGAAAAUGAACGAACUUGUAGAAAAUCUCGAUUUCGAACUCGAGUCUGCGAUACAAGAAGAAGGUGUGAAGAACUCGAAAGUUGAUCUGAAAAGUUCGAUGAUUAAUGAUGGCGAAAAAAGUUUAAUAACUUGUCAGAAAAAGAGUUCAAGCCUUCCUGAACCAGUUAAUCCGCCACCACCACCUCCUCUACCUAUUCAAUUCGCCAACUCCACCAUCAUUAAUGUAAAGGCAAAGAAAACAGAACCAAUUUAUGAAUCUAUUCUACUUAAGAAUGAGAAUCUAACAAUUAGUUCAAUUAUAACUAAUAGCAAUUCCAUUCAAUCGAACAAUAGUUUUUUAGAUGAUGUAGCUGCUACACCGAUUAUACAUAUUGACAAAAAAACUCAGGAAGUCAAAAAGAUUAUAAGUUCGAAUCCACAAAUAGAAAUAAAAAACAUUGCUUCAAAUCACUAUGUACCAAGUCAUAGCAAUCAUCAAUUGUAUCUUCAGCAGAAUGGCCAUGAAGAGCAAGUAUAUAUAAAACAAGUUUUGCAACAACCACAGCAGCGGCAACAACAGCAACAGCAAAAUCAUGUAUCGCAGUACGAAUCGCAAAAGUCAUAUCAUGAAGUUCAAGCGAGUAAGCAACAACAACAGCCUUUAGAACGAGAACAACGACGUAAAUUUCGGGUGGAACGAAAACUCCAGGAACUUGAGGAAAUGCUAGAACCUAAUGAAAAUUACCAUGACAUUGUUGAAUUUGCACAGAACUACUUUAAUAGUCAUGAACGUUCACCCGAAGGUACAAUAAUGGCAACUCUCACGAGAAAAUCGCGUGGCAAAAAUAUGGAGUAUAUACCUAAAUAUGAGAUGGUUACCUAUUACAAAGGAUCAACUAUUCCGAAUUCUCAUAUUUAUAUGUACGAUCCAGACAAUGUAAACGUUGCUUGUUCAGUUUUUAGGGAUCUUUGUAAGUAUCUGCGCGGUGAAAUGAAGCUGGAUCAGGAGCUUUCAGCUAUUCAGACUAUAAUCAGCUUUGGUAUCGAGCGCGAAGAGCUUCGCGAUGAAAUUCUUGUCCAAUGUAUGCGCCAGGCGACUAACAAUCCCAAUACCGAAUGGGCCGAGCGUGUUUGGCUUUUACUCUGCUUAGCUAUUGUCGCUUAUCAACCCAGCAAGCUUCUUUAUAAAUACUUUCUUUCUUUUCUAAAGAAGAAUCUAACACUCGAGGGGAAAUUACGACAGUAUGUACAGUGGUGUGUUGAUAAUUGUAAGAACACCAAGAUCUCUUGUCGUCAGUAUCCACCAUCUACUGUAGAGAUAGCAGCUAUGAAAAGACUUGGCACCAUCGUUUGUAGGUUUUUUUUUCUCGAUGGACGCACAAAGGCAAUUGAUGUUCAUCCAAUUGAUACAGCCGCAGAUGCUGCUUCUAAGCUUGCGGAAAAAUUGGGUCUAAGAUCGCUCGAAGGAUGGGCUAUUUAUCAGAGCAGACCCGACGGAGAGGAACACGUCAGGGCCCAUGAUUAUUUAUACGAUAUUAUUGCUGCUUGGGAAUUAAAACAGUGCAAAUUACAUACAUCGCAAUCUAGCUUUUCUACUUUACGUCGUAAUAAUCAGACUUUGGGAAGUGGUGAAAAUCGUUUUAUUUUUAAACGAAGACUUUUUCGUAAUACUAGAGAGUUAUCACAAGAUCCCGUUGAAGUGAAUAUGCUUUAUGCACAAGCAGUUUAUAAUGUUGUAAAGUGUGACGACUUUCCAGUAUCAGAAAAGGUAGCUCUGCAACUUGCCGGAUUACAGGCUCAAGUAAUGCUAGGAGAUCCGAAGGAUAAUGACCGUCUCGAUUAUUACAGUGAAAUCGAAACAUUCCUACCAUAUAGAAUAAGUCGAGCACGAGGUGAUGAUGUUUGGGUGCCAAUACUUGCUCAGGCUCAUCGUCAGUACGGAGCUGGACGUCUAGAACUCACUGCUAAGGUUCUUUAUUUGUCUUGUGUGAUGCAGUAUCCACUUUACGGGACAACAAUGUUCAAUGUCACAUAUCGCGGUUAUUGGUGUUAUGGAAAUAAAUUAAUCCUUGGAAUAAAUUGUGAGGGUUUAAUGUUAAUUAAGCAAGAUGAUAAGUUUGUUCUCUCAGAAUAUCGCUAUCAAGAUGUUGAGAGCAUCAUGCUUGAUCCAAGUGACUCAUUUAUAACAAUUUCUUUAUUGAGACAUAAUCCUGAUAGCUCGCACAAAUGCUUUGUCUUCGAGACUCAGCAAAAGAAUGAAAUAGGAAGCUUGAUAGUUAGCUAUUGUCCCGCUCUCGCAGGAUGGAUAACUGAAAGUGAGAUCCCAACGAAAAAGAUGAAAGGCAUGACUACUGAGGAUAGAGUAAGACUAUAUCAUAAUUUAGUUAAUUGUCGGAGAACUUUGAUUGACUCAGAGGUACUUAAGAAGCCACAGGAUAGUGGAGUUGGUUUUUUUAGGAAUACACUUAGACGAUUGUCAAAACAUAGAAUCGAAAAACUUCGACAGGAACACGGGAACUCUACCGAUCAAGGUGAAACGUAUAAGGGAUUUCAUUACGGUUAUUGGGCUUUUAGUAGGAUAUGUAUUGCUCAAAGUUUAACAAAAUUACCAGAUGCCGAAGAACAAAUAGCUCUUAGCGUCUUUCAGUUGAUCCUCACCUAUGCUGGACUGGGGCAGAACGGUGACACAGUAAGGCGCAUUGAAGAUGAACACGUGAAUCUUAUACAGACUGUAAUGGAAAGAUGUAUGCGUAAGGAAAUACUCCUAGGUGAACUGUAUCUUCAAAUGAUUAAACAGACAACUGAUCAUCCUGAUCCUAAUAGUCGUGUCAAUCUUAGGCAUUGGGCUCUAUUAUCGUUGGCAUGUUCCGUAAUUUUACCACCUCAGAAGGUCAUUAGGAAGUAUCUUAUCACACAUUUGAAGCGAUGUGCAAGUGAUUAUGUAACAGAGGAGGGAAAAUACGCGAGAUUCGCAGAAAAAUGCUUGUAUAAAACACAAGGAACUAGAAAAAGGCAGUGGCCACCUAGUAGAGAAGAAAUUAUAUACACGAUUAAUAGAAGGCCUAUAUAUGCUAGGUUCCAUUUUAUGGAUGGGCAAUAUCACGCCGUAGAAUUUUAUCCGUCCGCUACUGCAAAAGAUGUGAUGGUACUUAUUAAGGCGAAAAUUGGUUUAGACGAGAGUGCUAUGGGUUAUGCUAUUUAUGAAGUACUCGGUUCUUCUGAGCGAGCCCUGUUAUCAGAUGAAAAAAUUGCGGAAGUUUUGUCAAAAUGGGAGAAAUAUAGAACUGCAACUAACAGUGGCCAAUGCUCAGAAACACGGAAAAGCGUACACCACUUUUUUUUAUUUAAGAAACAUUUAUUUUUAGAUCAAUAUAUGAAUUUGGAUGAUGCAGUUGAAAAAGAACUGCUUUAUCAUCAAGUACUUCAUGACCUUCGCGCUGAUCGUUUCCCAAUCACAGAAAAAGAAGCUAUUAUGUUGUCAGCUUUGCAAGCUCAAGUGGAACUUGGCAACUGCGAAGAUCAUAUAUCGAUUCAAGAAUAUCAGUCUAUAGCGAAUCAUUGUCUACCCAAUCGAUUUGUACCAAACCUUUGUUUCGACGGAGUAAUACAACACCAUCAAUCACUGGGAGGUAUGACACCUCCCGAAUCUAAAAAGGCAUUUCUCAAUUUAAUACAAUCCUGGCCACUACACAAGGCUACGAUUUUUGAUGUUAUGCAAUCGUUUACUUCUAAUUGGCCACGGAUGCUUUGGCUUGCGGUAGAUCAAGUGGGUUUACAUUUACUAGAGUAUCGGUCAAGAAACUCUCUAUGUACUUAUGAGUAUGAGAGUAUUCUUAGUUAUAAUCCUGCCACCAAUUGUUUAAUGAUUAUCACUGGCACUGAUAAGAAACAGAGCAAAGUUAUUCUGACGACUUCUCAGGCUUUUCAAAUAGCGAAUCUUAUACGUGAGUAUAUGGCAGUUCUUCAAUCACCUUUAGAAAUUCACAAACAAGAUUCUGCAAUUAUGCAGCAGAUGAAUCAAAUGCACAUGAUACAUCAUCAACAGGCCAUAAACAGUAGUAGUAGCAAUCGAAAGUCUCGACCACCAUCAGUAUUACACAGGGGCGCACCUGUUAUCCAUAUGCAAGCUAGUUAAAAUUUAUUUGCUUCUCUC